CCCGUUCCACACAGUAGAAUCAAUGAAUCUGGAUGACGUUUUACAUCAUUCCUCCAACCGAUUAAGGGCAUAUUGGUCUUUCUAUAUUCACUACCGGGCGAAUUUUUAACCCCGUUCGCAAAUUCUCCACUUUGUAGCGUUGCCUCGAAGCGAUUUAGAAGAAAGGAGAAUUUUCUUUUGACCAAAACCGAAGAAAGGAGCUGUGAAACAUGGGUGCUUCAGAUAAGAGGGAGGAAGUGCUUCAAGCAUGGUACAUGGAUGAUAGUGAUGAAGAUCAGAGGCUUCCCCAUUACCGUGAGCCUAAAGAAUUUGUAUCCUUGGAUCAACUUGCUGAACUUGGAGUACUCAGUUGGCGAUUGGAUGCUGAUAAUUAUGAAACUGAUGAGGAGUUGAAGAAAAUUCGUGAAGAACGUGGUUACUCCUACAUGGACUUCUGUGAGGUUUGCCCAGAGAAGCUGCCAAAUUAUGAAGAGAAGAUCAAAAAUUUCUUUGAAGAGCAUCUUCAUACUGAUGAGGAGAUUCGUUACUGUGUGGCAGGAAGUGGUUAUUUUGAUGUCAGGGAUCACAAUGAUCAAUGGAUUCGUGUGUGGGUGAAGAAAGGAGGCAUGAUUGUUUUGCCUGCUGGGAUUUAUCAUCGGUUUACUCUGGAUACAGACAACUACAUUAAGGCGAUGCGGCUCUUUGUUGGUGAUCCAAUUUGGACUCCAUACAAUCGUCCUCAUGAUCAUCUUCCUGCAAGAAAGGAGUAUCUUGAAAACUUUUUGCAGAAGGAAGGUGGUGGUCAAGCUGUUGAUGCUGCAGCAUGAAAUUGGCAUUUGCCACUGCAUUGGGUCUUAAAACCUGGUAUAAUAUGAAACCCGAGAUUGGCUUUAACAAACGAGUCUAGGCUUGUCUGCUUGUACUGUGUGGUAUGUGUGGGUUAUUUUGCUUGCCUGUAUGGCUUGUUACGAAUAUUUCUACAUUUUAAUUGCUGUCCAUCCGAUAGGCUCCCGAUGAUCAAGUAUAUAUGUACAUUGCUGGUUGGAUUUCUGCUUCAAAAUGUUUUGGUUUGAAAUAAUUUGUCAAUUUCUCA